UAUAAUAGACCCUUAUCCUAGGAACCUAUUUUACACCAUUUAAUUUUCUCAUCAAAAUACUUUGACAACUAUCUCACUUUUUUCAUUAAAACUUUUAUUUUAAUUUUACUUCAUCCUUCAUAUUUCAUUUCAACCUUAAGAAUUUGGUUUUAUUGGUUGCAAAGAUGGUGAGAGGGAAGACGCAGAUGAAGCGUAUAGAGAACGCAACAAGCAGACAAGUAACAUUUUCAAAGAGAAGAAAUGGUUUGAUGAAGAAAGCUUUUGAGUUAUCAAUUUUGUGUGAUGCUGAGGUUGCUCUUAUUGUUUUCUCACCAAGAGGAAGACUUUAUGAAUUUGCAAGUUCAAGCAUUCAAGAAACAAUUGAGCGAUACCGCAGUCAUAGCCGGAUUAAUAAUACUCAAACAUUAUCUGAAUCUGCUGAAAAUACUCAGCAUUUGAAGGAAGAAGCAGAAAACAUGAUGAAAAGGAUUGAUCUUCUUGAAACUUCAAAACGAAAACUAUUAGGAGAAGGUUUAGGGACUUGUUCCAUUGAAGAAUUACAAAAGAUAGAACAGCAGUUGGAGAGGAGUAUAACUAAAAUUCGAGCAAAAAAGACUCAGGUUUUCAGGGAACAAAUUGGUCAUCUAAAAGAAAAGGAAAAAACCCUAAUUGCUGAAAAUGUCAUGCUCUCUGAGAAGUAUGAUAAAUAUUCAUCACAGCAAGCAAAAAAGGGUGACAGAAAAAAUAUAGCAGAAGGUGAAGCUUUUGCGGCAAGUUCAGAUGUUGAAACUGAGUUAUUCAUUGGACUUCCAGAAACAAGAACAAGAAUUUCUCCAAGCUUGAGGACUAAUUAAUCUCUGAGUAUGCAAAACGAAAAUAAGGGUAAGGCAAAGUGUCUCAUCAAAAUUGUAUAUUGGAUUUGUUUCCUUAAUUAUGCUUUCAUCAUUCAGAUGAUAAAUAACAAUACUAAGUGUAGUAAUUUGUUUCAUAAUAUUCUCAAACCUAGCUUUACUCCUAAUGAAGAAUUAUUUGCAGUCUUAGAAA